GCACAGCCCCAUACCACCUUUCGACAGCGCAACCAUUGCGCAACAUGCGGUCCACACCAGACGAGACCACCCCGGUGAUGGAUUAACCGUGAGUAGAGCAUAGAUGUCAGAAGGUAUGUUGCGUGAGAGGGAGAUGGUAAAAAUAGAAAUGGUAAAUAAAAUCAUAAACAAAAACAGAACGAAGAAUGAUCAAAAUGGUCAACCUAGGCUUUGAGUAAAGAAGUGUAGUUUAGGGAGUUUGAACUAUUUAUCAGAUAAUUGCGAUUGCUAAAAUUAGCUUACGUGCAAAUACAGAGAGUUUGUGAUUGAAAGCUCGUCCGAAGGAUAGGUGAAAGCGCCGUUGAUUCGACCGUGAGCCAGCAUACCUGUGAGGAAAAGGAUUAAUACAGAAAACUAUAAAAUGUAAGUAAUAAUAGAAAAUGCUAAAAAGAAUGACUGUUAAAGUGCCAAUUUGUCUAUUCCUAUUGUUUAUUUGUAUCAAUAAAAUUAGUUUCAAGCUGUUGCAAAAGUUUAACUGCCUGCUGUGAAAAUUCAGUUUUCUUAGGGUGGUCCAAAAAGGAACAAUCUUGAAAAUUUUAUAAAGUUCCGACCAAACCCAAAAAUGCAAAGUCCUGAUAAGACAGGUUUUAAUUGCGCGGCUUGCGACCGUCCUGAUGACGAGGAGUCGCAAAUGGUAUUUUGUGACCACUGCCAGCGGUGGUAUCACUUCGGCUGUGUUGGCGUCUCAGCUGAUGUCAAGGACGUUUCUUGGUGCUGUCAGAAGUGCGUCGGAAGUGAAAGUGAAGGUGUUGUUCCUGCUGAUGUGCAAGAGGGGCUGCAAGAGCUCGAAGCGGAGAAGGCGAAGCAGAAGCGGGAAAUGGAGAAGGAGAAGAUUUUGUACCGGAAACGUCUGGAGAUGAAGCAGGAGCUGUUCGAGAUGCGCCAGCAGCUGGAGAAAGAGAAGCGGGAGAUGGAACUCGAGUUCGAACAGGCGCAAAUGGCGAAGAAGCUCGCGGAAGAAGAAGCCCAUCAGCGGAAACUCGACCAAAUGCGGACGGAGAUGGAGGAGAAGCUGAAGCAGUUGAAGCUGAAGCGGAAUUCAGGAGCGGCCGAUGGUGAAAAGGAGCUGGAGCAAGCUGUCGGAGGCGGUAAAGUGGGAAGCUCAAAAAGCGGAACAAAGAAGAAGACGGAAUCGGAGCAGACGAAGCCGGGGAAAGGACUCGAGAAGCAAAAGUCGAGGAAUGGAAAGCCUGGAAAAGCGGAUGCGACGGUAGCGGACUUCGAAGAUCCGAGAGGAGCGUACCAGAAGCACUCGACUCCGAAAGUUUGUCCAUCCAGUCUGCCGGAGAGUUUUUUGAUCGGGCGUGGCGGAGAUUCGACGCCACUUGGACGACCAGGGGUUCCCAAACCCGAGAAGGUGAAAACCAAGAAGAUGAAGAAAGUGGUGGAAGUUGUCGAAUCGGAAAGCGCGAGUUCCGACGAAGAAGAAGAAGAAGAGUCCGCUGAAGAGGUGGAAAGCUGCGAAGAAGAAGAAGCAAGUUCCAGCGAGGAAGAGGAGAGCUCCGCAGAGGAGGAAGAUAGCAGCGAAGAAAGUUCGGAAAGUUCCGAAGAAGAGAAACAGGAAGAGAAGCCUCGUCGGAAAAGCGGAAAAGAGAAGGAUGGGCGGAAGAAUCGGCAACGAGAACCGACGAAGGCGCAGAUGUCCGCUCGGCAAUUCCUGUCCAGAAAGUUGCCAACGUUUUCUGGCAGGAUGGAAGAAUGGCCGAUGUUUAUCAGCAGCUACGAGACGUCGACGAAGGCGUGCGGCUUUUCCGACGUGGAGAAUUUGGCGCGGCUACAGGAGUGCCUGAAAGGAGAGGCCCUGGAGGCGGUAAGGAGCAGACUGCUUCUGCCGAAAUCCGUCCCAAAGAUUGUGGAGACACUGCGCAUGCUGUACGGCAGGCCAGAGCGACUGCUCAAUAUGCUGUUGGCGAAGGUGCGCAAUGCAGCGCCACCGAAAGCGGAUCGGCUGGCGAGUUUCAUCAGUUUCGGAGUGGUAGUGCAGCAGCUUGCCGAUCACCUAGAAGCGACCGGACUAACGACGCACUUGGUCAACCCGAUGCUGAUCCAGGAGUUGACGGAGAAGCUACCGGCUGGCACCCAGCUGGAAUGGGUACGAUAUCGCAGGAAGACCAAAGUGGUGACGCUGAGGACGUUAUCAAAUUUCCUGUCAAGCAUCGUGAAGGACGCUAGCGAAGUAGCAGCGUAUGGAGAAGGUACCCCCCGUUCCGGAGAAUCCGGAUCGAAGAAAGGAUCGAGAAGCAGAGCGCACGACGGCUACGUGCACUCGCACGACGUGGAAGAGAAUAGGAGUUCGAGUCCACCCAGGAGGGAGAGGAAGCCCUGCCGGAUUUGUGGCAGAGUGGAUCACCGGAUCCGGAACUGCGAGAAGUUUCGAAGGCUCCAACUCGGAGAGCGAUGGGAAGCGGUACGCAGAUGGAAGUUAUGCCAACUGUGCCUGAACGAGCAUGGUACCGCCGGCUGCAAGCUAAGCUUCCGCUGCAACGUCGAAGGCUGUAAGGAGCGUCACAACCCGCUGCUCCAUUUUGUCAGGCCAGCCGCAGGGCUAAACUGCAACGUUCACGCCGCGCAGCCAAAACAAACCGUGAUCUUCCGGAUGAUGCCCGUCACGUUGCAUUGUGGCAAACACUCCGUGAACACUAUCGCGUUUCUGGAUGAAGGAUCGUCGUACACACUGGUCGAACGGGCACUAGUGAACCGUUUAGGAGUCCGAGGCGCGACACAGCCCUUGCGCGUAACUUGGACCGCUGGAGUUUCCCGGAUCGAGAAAGACUCGCAGUGCGUGAGUCUCUUCAUCUCGGCGAGAGGAUCCACACAACGUUUCCAAAUAAAGAGCGCCCACACAGUGGAGAGUUUAAAGCUUCCACAACACACGGUAGCCAUUUCGGAAGUGGUGAGGCAAUAUGCGCAUCUCCAAGGCCUACCGAUCACCGACAUCCAGCAUGCCACUCCACAGAUUUUGAUCGGGCUGAAGGAUAUUCACCUUUACGCGCCGUUGGAAUCGCGAAUCGGCCGACCGGAAGAGCCGAUAGCAGUAAGGUCGAAGCUAGGCUGGACCGUAUACGGGCCGACAGGACCGGGAAACGUGACUAGCGGAAUGGUCGCGCAUCAUUCGUGCAGCCCGGUGUCCAAUCAGGAGCUUCACGAUCUCCUGAAGAGUCACUACACGCUGGAGGAGUCCGGCAUUUCCAUCGCCUUGCUUCCGGAGCCGGAAGAAGACAGAAGAGCGAAGGAGAUUUUGAAGAAGACGACGAGGAGGAUCGGCGAUCGUUUCGAGACGGGUUUGCUGUGGAAGGACGACAACAUCGAAUUUCCCGACAGCUACCCUAUGGCGGUGAAGCGGCUGAUGUGUUUGGAGAAACGCCUGCGGAAGGAUCCCGAGCUGUAUGUCAAAGUCCGUACCAUGAUCGCCGACUAUCUCGUGAAAGGCUACGCACACGAAGCGUCGGAGUCGGAGCUGCUAGCGCUGGACUGCAGCAAGGUGUGGUACGUUCCGCUGAAUAUCGUCUACAAUCCGAGAAAGAAGAAGUUUCGUCUGGUGUGGGACGCCAGAGCGGAAGUUGGAGGAGUGUCGCUCAACUCGAAGUUGCUGAAGGGACCGGAUAUGCUGACUGCCCUGCCGGCGGUGAUAUGCAAGUUUCGGGAGCGAGAAGUCGGUUUCGGCGCAGACAUAAAGGAGAUGUACCACCAGCUGCGGAUUCGAGAAGAGGACAAGCGAGCUCAAAGGUUUCUGUUCCGAAACGAUCCGUCGGAGAAGCCGACAGUGUAUGUGAUGGACGUAGCGACCUUUGGGUCGACGAGCUCGCCAUGCUCGGCGCAGUACGUCAAGAACCUAAACGCGAAGGAGUUUGCGGGACAAUUCCCAGCGGCGGCGGUGGCCAUCGUUGAAAACCACUACGUCGACGAUUAUUUCGACAGCGUAGACACGAUCGAGGAAGCUGUCAAACGGGCUAAGGAAGUACGAUACGUCCACUCCAGAGGCGGUUUUGAGCUCCGCAACUGGGUCUCCAACUCUGAAGAGUUCCUGGAUGCUAUGGGAGAGCGAAAAGAGGAUCAGUGCGUGUGGUUCAGCGAGGAUAAGGAGUCUGGAUCCGAGCGAGUACUGGGGAUCGUGUGGAGCCCGGCAAGUGACGAAUUCUCGUUCUCCACCAAACUGAGAGACGAUCUGGAGCCGUUCCUGUCCGGCGAGAAGCUGCCGACCAAAAGGAUCCUGUUGAGCUGCGUGAUGAGUUUCUUCGAUCCGUUAGGACUGUUGUCCAUUUUCACAUUCUACGGGAAGCUGCUGAUUCAGGACCUGUGGCGUACCGGAUGUGAGUGGGACCAGCAGAUCGACGAAGAGUGCGCGGAGAAGUGGAGCAACUGGAUCCGGAGGCUUCCGGAAGUUGAAGAAGUCCGCAUUCCCCGCUACUACUUCCGUGGCGGAUUUUCACUGCGAUACGACAGCCUACAGCUGCACGUUUUCGUAGACGCUAGCCAGGACGCGUACGGUGCCGUGGCGUACAUCCGCAUCGAGACGGCCACCGGGCCGUUAUGCUCGCUCGUGAUGGCGAGAUCUAAGGUAGCACCGCUGCAGCACAUGUCCAUACCGCGACUGGAGCUGCAAGCUGCAGUGUUAGGAGCGAGGCUGGCGAACUCCGUCGGCGAGACGAUUUCGUUGGAGGUAAAGAAGCGUUUCAUGUGGUCCGACUCGAAGACCGUGCUGUCGUGGAUCCACUCCGACCACCGUCGGUACAAGCAGUUUGUGGCGUACCGGAUCGGCGAGAUCCACAGUCUAACGAAGCUUGUAGAAUGGAGAUGGGUGCCGACGAAGUGCAACGUGGCCGACGCGUUAACGAAGUGGGAAAAGGCGCACAGCCUGCGACCAAGCGGACCAUGGUUUCGUGGCCCAGACUUUCUGUACCAGCCGGAGGAUUUUUGGCCGGAGCAAGAGGCAGUGACACCGAACACUAGCGAGGAGACCCGAGCGUGUUUGCAUUUCCACGAAAUUGCAGUCACUGAGCCGAUGGUGGACCCGCUGCGGUUUUCGAAGUGGAAGAUUCUGGUCCGGACGGUAGCGUGCGUCUACCGGUUUGCAUCGAACUGCAGAAGGAAGAGAGAUGGGCUGGAGAUCGAAGUCGUACCGGCCACUGCAAGAAUCAACAGCGUCGUGAAGAAACACGUGCGAACAAAGCUAGUGCCGCUGAAGCGGGACGAAUACCGGAAAGCGGAGGCGUAUCUCUGGAGGUCGGCCCAAGCCGAUUGCUUCGGAGACGAGGUCUGCACAUUGGUGAAGAACCAGAAGCAGCCAAACCAGCAGCAGCAACCAGUAGAGAAGAGCAGUAGCCUGUACAGCUUGAGCCCGUUCCUGGACGCCGAGGGUGUACUACGGAUGGAAGGCAGAGCGGCGCAAGGAUCGUCGCUACCAUUCGAGCUGCGGUUUCCGAUUAUUUUGCCGAAAAAGCAUCCGGUGACCGACAAGCUGCUCGACCACUAUCAUCAGCGAGUAGCUCACGGGAACACGGAGACCGCAGUCAACGAAAUUCGGCAGCGUUUCUACGUCCAGAAUCUGCGAGCGGAACUGAAGAGAAUCGGAAGAAUGUGCGUCUGGUGCAAGGUGCAGAAGUGUCGCCCGUCGAACCCGAGGAUGGCUCCGUUGCCGGAGUCGCGAGUGACGCCGCAUCUGCCACCGUUCAGCCACACCGGCGUGGACUACUGCGGACCGCUGACUGUUACUGUCGGUCGCAGAUCAGAGAAGAGGUACAUCUGCCUGUUUACCUGCAUGACGACGAGGGCUGUCCACCUUGAGGUCGCUCACAGCCUGACGACUCAAGCGUGUCUGAUGGCCAUACGGCGGUUCGUGUGUCGCAGAGGGAAGCCGCUAGAGUUCUACUCGGACAACGGCACAAACUUCCAAGCAGCAAGCAAGGCCAUCAUGCAGCGAAUCGAGAUCGAGUCAGAGGACGAAUUCACGGAUUCCAGGACCCGCUGGAAUUUCAACCCGCCCAGCGCACCUCACAUGGGUGGGGUUUGGGAGCGAUUGGUUCGCUCCGUGAAGGCAGCACUGACCGUGCUGAACGACGGGCGGACAAUAACGGACGAAGUACUACUGACGACGAUAGCGGAGGCCGAAGACCUCAUCAACUCCCGGCCACUAACGUACGUUGGCCUGGAACCAGGAGCAGAGGGAGCGUUGACGCCGAACCACUUUGUUCGCGGUGUUGGCGCAAUCAGCGAAGAGCGCUCAGUUCCACCGACGAGCGAGGCCGAAGCACUACGGGACCGCUACAAGCGGUCACAGCGACUGGCGGACAAGCUGUGGGCUCGGUGGGUGUCCGAGUAUCUGCCAUCCAUCAACCAGCGGACGAAGUGGCUCUCCGAGUCGCCGCCACUAGCGUGUGGUGAUCUAGUGUACAUCACCGAUGAGGCCGUGCGAAAGAGCUGGAUCCGGGGCAUCGUGACGGACGUCUACCCGGGAGCGGACGGCAGAAUCCGGCAGGCCAUGGUCGAGACGAGCAAGGGUAAGUUUAGGAGGCCGGUGACCAGACUGGCUGUGCUCGAGGUACAGGAGGGUAAAUCCGGUGCAGCCGAGGAGCCCCACCAGAGUUACGGGAGGGGGUGUGUUGGCACAGCCCCAUACCACCUUUCGACAGCGCAACCAUUGCGCAACAUGCGGUCCACACCAGACGAGACCACCCCGGUGAUGGAUUAA